AUGACGAAUGAUGAUGAUGAUGAUGAUGGAGGUGAUAAUCAUCAUCACGAUGAUAGCCUUUAUGUACCCGUUGCUUGUCCAGAAAUAGCCAAACAAAGUCAUUCAGACAUUGAGCUGAGUACGUAUGACAGGACAAAUGGUACGACGGUUCUGAUUGGAUGUAAGGGAUUUGGACGUCAUAUUUCUGGACCAAUCUCUGUCGAGUGUCUUGACACUGGGGCGUGGUCUGAAACACCGAAUCUUAAAUGCAAAGUUGCUCUUGACUUAAAGGAAAAGGUUAUAGUUGGUACUGCAGCAGUAAGCGCCGCGCUUGUUAUCAUCAUCAUAGUCUGCCUUUGUUGUAUUUCUUGCUGCUGCAGACGGCGACGCAGACAUUAUCACCAUCGAUACCACGGUUGGCGAGGUUCGAGUGAUAACUGGAGGGACAGGUGGCCGGGAUGGACGACUGGUUGGUUCAAGGGUUCGGGGGAUGCCAAAGAUUUCAAGAAAAGUAAUCAUUUCCAUGAGUACUCCUCCGGUCCAUCUAAAAAUUUUGUGAACGAAUUCGCUUACUCUAGAGGGGACCGCGAAAAGGGCAGCUUUUCGAAAAAGUCCGGGUUCUUUAGAAGUUCAAGGCGUUUCUCAGACGGUGACAAACAUUCCAUAGACAGAGAAAUAUUUUCCAAAAAGUACUCCGGGAAAAUGUCGGACGAUGAUAAGCAUUCCGUCCACCGACAUGACUUUUUAAGGAAGUCAAAUUUUCUGCAAGACUCCGGAAAAUAUUCGGAUAUUGAUAAACACUCAAUUCAUAAGAAGACAAAUUUUCUAAAACAAUCCGGAAAAUAUUCUGAUGCGGAUAAGCUAUCUGUUCAUAGGCAAGAUGUGUCUAAGCGUUCAAAUUUUGUGCGCCAAUCUGGCUGGCAUUCGGAUAGGAACAUGUACUCGGAUAGGAACAAGUACUCGGGUAGGAACAUGUUCUCUGGUAUGUACUCGGGUGAUAAACUGGAAGGAAGACGUAAGGGAUGGAGAGGAUGGACAGAUAGUUUGAGAGAGAAUUGGAUAGAUUGGCGGAGUCGAACAUUUGGAGAUUCUCCCGCAGACGGAUCUGUUAGAAGACACGACCGUGCCUAUGACAAUUCUUACCCUGGUAGAGGCUUCAACAAAGAAGAAUAUGAAAGAUAUUCCAACGGGAAUAAACAGGAAAUAAUGAGAUCAAGACGUCUUUCGAAUGACGACUUGCAGCCCCCUGAUGAUUUACGGCGGGGUCGGAGGUAUUCCGACUCUUCACUGGUUGCCCAGCGACAAAGAUUCACGAGACGCGAAGCUUCGUAUGAUUCCCGGCCUGAUGACGUACAUUACAGCCGGGCACGCAGAUAUUCCGAUCCGAUGAUGUACAGAUCGGAAUAUGGUCGGUAUGGUCACGAGGCAUCACGUGACUCGUACAAGCCAUCAUUUAAUAUAAUACGAUAUGAUGACUCUCGACACCAUAUGAUUAAGGGCGAACCCACAUCAUUUGAAUAUUCAAGCUCCAGCAACAAACCCACUGUUCAUUAUUCCGGGGCAGAAACACAACGGUACGUUGGUCCGGCACAGAUUUUAGACCCAGUUUAUUAUUCCGAUCCACAACAUUACCAUGUUGGUUUAAGCAAUAACGCUGUUUUAGACGGACAGGCGCAAUAUAGUGGCGGGGCGAUUUUAGGGGGACAAACACAGUAUAGUAGUGGGGCGAUUUUAGGCGGACAGUCACGAUACAGUAGCGGGGCGAUUUUAGGGGGACAAACACGCUAUAGUGGUGGGGCGAUUUUAGACGGUCAGACGCGAUAUAGUGGCGGGGCGAUUUUAGGCGGACGUACACAGUAUAGUGGCGGGGCUAUUUUAGAUGGGAAAAAGUUAAAUUACACCUCUGGACAUGUUAACACGGACGGGUUGCUACGCUUACCGCCUAUAUCACUGGACCAACUUUCUAAAGUAGUAAAUGUGGACCUAAAUGGAUUGCAGCGUUCCUAUAGUAACAGAGUUGUAUCGUCUCCAAGAAUUACAGAAUUAGAUGGGAAUAGACACGUGACCAGCCGUUUAGUUGGCAACGAUUUAGGACGCAUAGAUACUGGCCAUUUUGAAGUGUUGAAAGUGAACCCAUCCGCCGACUCGUUCAUAGGAGGAGCACAAGUAGUUCCGGCUGAGAACAGCUCGAGGACGGAUGGCCAUUACACUCUGUACCAGGGGAAAGGUCGGACAAAACAGUUACAUAAUCUAUAAACUAAACAAAAUAUACAUGUCAUAGGUGAAUACUG